AUGUUAAGUGGUGUCUUUCUUAUUUCGAUAUCGGCUGGUUUAGUUUGGCUGGGAACUCGUCCUGUGCCCAUUACUCAACGGAAGGAAAGUAUGUCAAUGGAUGAUGCUAAAAUGUUCCCAAUCUUGGGAUCAGCAGUGCUUCUUGGACUCUUUGUGGCUUUAAAGAUGUUGCCUAAAGAGUUGCUUAAUACGAUAUUCCGAGUGAUCUUCUCUUUAUCCGGAUUGUUUUCGGUUUACAAGGCCGAACAAGCCAUUUAUAACGCAGUACAGGCUUAUGUCAAUACUUAUUGGCGAGCCAAGAAAGAGGCUCAAAAGCCAGCCACUAAAGAAGGGAAAAAGACCCGAGCUAGUGCGACUAACAAUGCCUCUUCUAAUACUAAUAGUACUGCGGCCCCUAAUGAAGUUAAUGCUGAUCCUACUGCUAAACCAACCACUAACGAUACAACUAGUAAAACUACUAGUAAAACUACUAGUAAAACUAGUGCUAGUGAAGAACCAUCUAAGACAGAUGCACCAGUAUCAAUGGCUGGAAAGAUUGGAGAAGUAUUGAAGGAUUGCAAGAAGGACAUUAUAAAUGUAUCCCUUGAAGUUUGCCAACUCCCGAAUAUCUUCUUAUUUGGAAUCAGUGUAGCUUUGAAUGCCUUGUAUAUCAAAAACAAGAAUGUUGGUCUUGCUAACAUUCUAGCUUGCUGUUUUUCAAUUGCGGGGCUGCAGGAGAUUCGUCCGGACUCGACUAAGACUGUUCUGCUCUUGUUAGGACUGCUUUUUGUUUAUGAUAUCUUCUGGGUCUUCUGCACACCGGUUAUGAUUGGCGUGGCUAAGAAUUUAGACUUGCCGAUUAAGAUCGUUUAUCCUUGGGGGAAGAAAGGUGCUAGUAUGAUUGGAUUAGGUGAUAUUGUUAUUCCUGGACUGUUCUUAGGAGUGGCCCGGGAGUUUGCCAUUAAGGAAAAGGCCCGUUGGGUUUGGAUUCUUGGUUUUAUAGCUUAUAUUCUUGCUUUAGUCGUGACCUUUGGGGUAGUAAUGAUCUUUGAAUCGGGACAGCCUGCUCUUCUUUACAUCUGCCCAUUGAUUGCGGGUGGUAGUAUAGCUGGGGCUUAUCUACACGGCAAAACAAAGGCCUUUAUCGAUUAUAACAACUAA